UGGAAAAACCAGCAUAUUCGUCUCAUGAAACAAAUUUCCAAAAUAGGUGCCAACCUAGAACCAACUCUGUUUGGUCAUAGAUUCCUUAAUCCCUACUUAAAGGUUUCGGCUUGAGAUAACUUUCAUCCCCCUCAAAGAUUAGCAAAGGAUCCUUUGAGGAGUGUUCGGGCGUUUGGUAUUUAUGGCUGAGGGAAAACAAGGACAAGGAACUAAUCCUCCUCAAGAGCAACCCAAAAAGCCCUUGCGACGGUCCAAGAACCAGCUUCUGGGGACAAAUAAUCCUACAAAAACAAGUUGGCCUGAGCUGGUUGGAGUCACUGCAGAAGAAGCAGAGAAAAAGAUAAAGGAGGAGAUGGCUGGGGUUGAAAUUCGAGUGGUGCUGCCUGGUUAUCUUAUCACUUGUGAUUACGAAACCCAGCGAGUUCGAUUGUAUGUUGAUAAAUCUAAAAAGGUCAUCCAGACUCCGAUGAUUGGCUAAUCCGUAUACCAAAUAUCAUUUAAUAGUUCAAUGUUUUCAUUGGUCUUUUGCUGUUUUGGCUGAGACAAUAUCUUCAUUUUACUUGGCCAUUGCAAUAGCAGUAUGUUAUAUUAUGGUUUGACCGGAACCUUGGCCUACAUAUUAUGUUCUAUAUAAACCAAUAAGAAGGUUCUUGUGGUAAAUUUGUUCCAUCUGCCUUUAUAUUGUUAAAUUUGUUCUAAUUUUCUGCUUAAGAAAAAUUCAGGUUGUUUGGUUUCCAUGUAUUAAUGUUCACUAUUC